GGAGGAGAAAUAGAUGCUGCGGGCGGGGGGAGCCAUCUGGUACCUCGGUCAGCCUCAGCAGCAUCACCCUUAACGGCGGAAAUGGCCAGCCAGUCCCAGGGCAUCCAGCAGCUCCUGCAGGCCGAGAAGCGGGCAGCGGAGAAGGUGGCAGAUGCCAGAAAGAGGAAGGCCCGGAGACUGAAGCAGGCAAAGGAGGAGGCGCAGAUGGAGGUGGAGCAGUACCGCCGGGAGCGGGAGCAGGAAUUCCAGAGCAAGCAGCAGGCGGCCAUGGGCUCCCAGGGGAACCUGUCCGCGGAAGUGGAGCAGGCCACGAGGCGCCAGGUACAGGGCAUGCAGAGCUCCCAGCAGAGGAACCGGGAGCGUGUUCUGGCCCAGCUCCUCAGUAUGGUCUGUGACGUGAGGCCCCAGCUGCACCCCAACUACCGGAGCGCUGCCUAGGCUCCACCACAGGGCCUGCUCCUCAUGCAGCUUGUGCCCCUAAAGAAGUCCCCCAAGCCCAGGGGAUGUCCCUCGCUUGACAUGCACCCGGCCCUGGGUUCGGCUCUCACCUCCUGAAAAAGUCAUCUACCGCCGUCAUCUUGGUCUCCUUUCCAUUCUGUGGAAGUGCUGGGAGGCAGCUCCAGCCUCCCCUGAAAAAGUUUUCAAUAUUCUGGGCAAACUCGAAGCUCCUCAUGCUUUAGUCUUCUCUGGGACCUUCCACAGUGAGCCACCUUACCCUCACCUCGUAGCACAGAGAAGCAGAGGCGCGGAAAGCACCUGACUUCAGAGUCUGGAAGACCAGCUUCCCUGCCAACCCUGCCGCUUGCCGGCUGAGCAGCUCGGAUGAGCUGCCUGACCCGGUCCUUUGUGAAACUGGACCGAUUCUGCCUUGUGAGGCUGGUGCAGUGGUUAGGAAUUAUUCUGUAAAGCGCCUAUCAUGGUUCUUGGGAGUCCCAUGGUUCCUUGGGGUUCAGUAAAUGGGAAACCCAGAUAUUAUUACCACCCUGCGCACCUGCCAGAGCCUAGGGACUGCGGUUUCCUGGCUUUUCCCAGAGCCUCUCCAAUUUUGUUCACUUUGUGACCCUAGUUAUUCCCAGGAGAAUUUAUUCUUCUCUCCGAGACUUUCGGUCCCUGGAAAGAUGGUACGGUGACCUCUCUGUUACAGUUCCAGGCAGACACUGCAUCUCUUCGCUUCUCUUUUUGUCUCUUGGAAGCCGGCCUUUAUUGGGUUUUCUCCUUUUUUUUAUCCUGCCACAAACUACCAGACGCUCACUGGUCCCUGAGAUCUGAGGUGAUGUUGUGCCCCCAUCCGCAUGGCCUCCUUUCUACAUUCUCUGCCUACUGAUUUCCCUUCGUAACAAUAAAAAGCUGUCAAUAAAAUAACUGGGCAAAUCGG